AGCGACCAAAACACUUUUCAUCUCCCUAUCGUGAUCUGAAGAUGAUGGAUCGAAUACGAAGAGUGAGGCUCACAUAAUUUGUAGGAUUCUUGAGAGACAACUUUUCUGGUUGGACAGAGUACUUAUGUAGCUUAGUGUGUUACAGCUUUAACUUCGAAUCUUAUUGUGCUACAGAGCACUCAAAUAUUCAGAUUAACUACUUCUACUACCAUGCUCCGCAGCCGACCCUCCUUCGGCGACCUGCUCGACGCGGAGGAGAAAUCCGAACUGGAUCUCUGGGUCGAGUCCACCAACGGCCUGUGGCGGAAAGAUUUGGAAAAGUUUGGCCCUGGGUUCGUGGACUACGUCGACAUACCGAACAGGCAGGCUGUCGGCCUGGUCGCCGCGAAACUCUACCGGAACAGCUAUCUCGCCUGGUGCGGGGUGGUGGAGCUGGCGCCGGAUCAUCCCUGGUAUGGGAAGCGGUUGUCGCAAAUCGAGAGGGAGUUGGACAGAAUGUUGGACACAGUCGAGAGAAUUAGCACGACCCCGUCGUCGUCGCCGCGAGGUGCUACGCCACACGAUAAUUCAUCACACGUGAGAAUAAAAAGACCGCACGGAGGUUUGUCCGAUGGCGUGUCUCUCGGAAAGGCACACCUAGUGGGCUUCGACUGUAACCACCGCGGCGACGCGGUUCCCUAUGCGUCUUUUGUGCAGGAGAAGAAUGAAGCGAUGCGGCGAAAGGCGGCAGGUGGAGGAGUCGAUGCUGCAAUGGAAGCAGGCGAUGAAGACAGCAGCGACGAUGUUGAAAACAUUUUCAUGGGCAAAAAUGGGGCUGCCUCUACGGACGACCGGGAGCCCGCGUAUAAAAAGCAAACUCACUGGCUACAGGCCACGAUGGAGGACAGUGACGAUGCUGGCGCCGAGGUAAAUCCGCAGUUGGUGCAAGCUGCGAAAGAUUUUGACGUGGACUUUUCCACCUCAAGUUUGCCGACGUCAUCCGGUGGCGGGCUUGCUAUGCCACAAACGGGAACAAUUAAUGUGAUCCCACAGACUGGCAUGCCACAGAUGGGGCUGCCGCCGCAAGCGCAAACCGGGAAUAUGCCUCAGACGGGCCUACCGCAAAUAUCGGCCACGAAAGCUGCUACUGCAAAAUCCAUCCCGCAAAUGGGUUUACCCUCCGCGAUGAUGGCCCAGCAGGUUCAGGCACAGUCGAAUUCGGCAGUUGGGAAGUUAUUUAAUCCUGGCGCUUUGGACACGGAUUGGACGCCGGUUUUGUUGACCAAUGGAGUGUACAGAGACCACGCAUUCGCGUGGAAGGAAUUGCAGAAUUUGGUGCAGAUUUGUGUGCAAGCGAGGACGUUCGACGAGUUUCGUGGGACAUAGAGUUCUUGAUAAUUUUUAACAAGGAAAUUCUACUAGCUCGUGGAACGGAAUCACUUUUUUGUUUAGAAUCACUAUAGAAGGGGCGUAUUGGUACUUUUGUAGCUGCAGACGCAUUGACCUCACUGUGGGCGUAGUUCCAUUUGCGCUUAAAGUCCGGUGUCCGAAGAAGCAGACGAAACUCAGGCGCUCAGUUUUGCUCGGUCAAAUGCGACUUCCUGUUUCGUGGUCAGUCGUUGCGAACAAUGAAGCUUCCGUUGGGCAGAGAAUCGGUAAAGCUUCAGGUGAGGGACACGAGAGCCAAAUAGGGGCUGAAAAAACGAUAGUAAUAGUAUCACUUCGUUAUAUAAUUUCGUUUUCGUAUUUGGGAACGACGAGGUACUUCGCCCUUCACUCGCUCUCGAACUCGAUCGUAUUUGUCGUGCUAUUAGAAACACUAUCCUUCAGCUGUGGGCAACAAGAGCAUCGUGGCACGUUCCUUAUCGUGUGGUCUUGCUGAGUGAUUUUUUUGGAUAUGGAUUUUCAUUUCUUGUUCUUUUACACGUAAUCAAAAACUAUCUUCAAGAACCACUAUUUUUACGACUGCUUUUGUCAUCUUGUUUUAGAUGAUGGGAUUUUUUUUUUUUCGACUCCGUAAUCUCAGCGAGAAGACCAAAAUCUAGAAUGACGUGAGUACUGGCGUUGGCCAAGAGUUGGAGCAAGGGGAGGCUCCGCGCAACUGUCGGGUUACUUCCACCGGCAGGGGGACAUCAGUACUAUAUAAGUAGUCCUGAAGAGCAUUCGAAUUCGUGGUUGAUAACUUGACUACCAUCAGGACCAAGGCUCGUAGUAAAUUUUCUUUCGCUCCAAUCUUUUUUUGUUUUCGAUUACGUCGACAUGUUGCAGAGCAUGUAAUACGUGCCGCAUCGUCAUAUAUAGGUUUUUUUUUUUUUUUCAGCCUCCUGUCAGCUCGUCUUUGUGAAAUUUCUCA